AUGCCGAUCGAAAUGAAAGACGGUGGGUUGCCUGGAGGCGCAGCCGAGGCAGGUUCACCGGCCGCGGCAACGGUCCCGCCCGCUAAUACCAUCGCGGUAGUCUAUGCCAGGCUACCAAUACCGCCAAUGAGCAGCACAAAUAUUGAGGCCUGGUUUACUUCAAUGGAUUUUUGGUUUGCUGCUUCAGGCAUCACGGCCGAGAAGCAAAAAACGGCAACUGUUUUGGCAGCGCUGGACCCAAACGUCCUCGCUCAACUGGGGGAUGUCAUUGCAUCGCUACCUCAAAACGACAGGUUCGAGUAUGUGAGGCAAAGAAUUAUCGAGCACUUCGCCGAUAGCGAACAGCGACGCCUCAACCGCGUACUCUCAGAAUUGCCACUGGGGGAUAAGAAACCGUCAGAACUAUUCUUUGAAAUAAAGCGCGUCGCUGGCAACACACUCGGCGAUACGGCGCUCAAAAGCCUCUGGAUCAAACGUUUACCGGAGUUCGCACAAGCAGUUGUAGCAGCUUCAUCCGGUUCUGCGACCGAAUUUACGAAAACAGCCGACACUAUAGUGGAUGCUAUCGCGCCGCUUCAAGUGAACCGCGUUAAGUCGACACCGCAAAAUGAAGUCAACGAACUACGUGCAUUCGUAAUGGAACUAGACAAAAAGCUUGAAAAAUUCGCUAUUCGUUCGCGCUCGCGCAAUCGUGGGCGGUCAAGCUCACGACCAAGAGCAAAUGCCCGAAACAACUCGCAAACAACAGCAAAUUCGCAAGAAACGUCAUCUGUCGCAGCCCAAGACUGUUGGUACCACCAGAAAUAUGGGUCCGAUGCUCGGAAAUGCCGUACACCGUGCCGCCGCAGAAACCACGUGGUUCGAGCGGUAGACUCCGCAUCUGAUGCAUUGUGA